UCUCUCUCCGCUUGUGCAGCCGCAGCAGCCAUCCCGCAAGAUGGUCGGGGUCCUGCUCCUGCUCCUCCUUCUCCCCUUUUUCUUGUACAUCGCUGCACCCAAAAUCAGGCCAUAAAGUGCCAGUUGUGGGCAGAUUGACAUUAAGUGGACCAGUUCUUGCUUGAGGCUGAGUCUUGUGAUUCCCCAAGCCUGUCAAAGAGCUCACACUGAAGCCAGGAAAAUGCUGUCUAGUGGGGUGUGUACAUCAGCUGUCCAGCUUCCUGGGAAGGUGGCUGUGGUCACUGGAGCCAACACAGGCAUCGGAAAAGAGACAGCCAAAGAGCUGGCUCAAAGAGGAGCCCGCGUGUAUUUAGCGUGCCGGGAUAUCCAAAAGGGGGAAUUGGUGGCCAGAGAGAUCCAGACCAUGACAGGGAACCAACAGGUGUUGGUGCGGGAAUUGGACUUGGCUGAUACUAAAUCUAUUCGAGCCUUUGCUAAAGAUUUCUUAGCAGAGGAAAAGCAUCUUCACAUUUUGAUCAACAAUGCAGGAGUGAUGAUGUGUCCCUACUCUAAGACAGCAGAUGGCUUUGAGAUGCACAUGGGAGUCAACCACUUGGGUCACUUCCUCCUGACCCAUCUGUUGCUAGAGAAGCUGAAGGAAUCAGCCCCAUCAAGGGUAGUGAAUGUGUCUUCCCUAGCGCAUCACCUGGGGAGGAUCCACUUCCAUAACCUGCAGGGUGAGAAAUUCUACAAUGCAGGUCUGGCCUACUGUCACAGCAAGUUAGCCAACAUUCUCUUCACCCAGGAACUGGCCCGGAGGCUCAAAGGCUCUGGCGUUACGACAUAUUCUGUACACCCUGGCACAGUCAACUCUGCAUUGGUUCGGCACUCACCUUUCAUGAAGUGGAUGUGGUGGCUUUUCUCCUUCUUCAUCAAGACUCCUAAACAGGGAGCCCAGACCAGCCUGUACUGUGCCAUAACGGAAGGUCUUGAGAUUCUAAAUGGGCAUCAUUUCAGUGACUGCAGUGUGGCGUGGGUCUCUGCCCAGGCUCGGAAUGAGACAAUAGCAAGACGGCUAUGGGAUGUCAGUUGUGACCUGCUGGGCAUCCCCAUGGACUGACAGGUGGUAGCAGUUGGACUCAAGAGAAACCUAUAGCAGACUACUCAGUACUCCCUGCCAAAAUGAUUCUCCUUCAUGGUGACCAAAAUCGUCAGUACAAAGAAAACAAAUCUUCCAGCCUUUCCUGCUUGAUGUCUGACAAAAGCACAGUGUACAUUGCGAGAUUCAUCAAAACACCUUGCAUUUACUCCAGAUUUAGUUUGCCCUUAUUACUGUCAGUUGCAAGAGAUAUCAGACGAUAAGAUCCUCAGAUGACCUGCGAGCUGAUAUCUGCCGUCUGAAACCUACUACCUAGGAGAAUCUUAGCUAUGGCAAGGUCAAUUUAUGGUAGUUUGGAUUAGUUUCUACCCUCUUUGUUCACAAUAUAGUUCCUCCCAACCACCAUCCAACCUUCAUUUCAAGAGGGCCACACUGCAGCCUCAGCCGAACUCUGAGUCACAGUGGCUUGACUCAAGAGCAGGACUCAUCCCUCACCUGUUAAGAAAACCAUCAUAUGCUAACAUCUGAAUUAUUUCCGGAAACUCUUAACUGAAUCUGGAUUAUGGCAUGGCUUUAUCUCUUGACAACCUAAAGCCACUUCUAUUAAAACACUUUCCAAUAUCUAGACCACAGAGAAGAGCUUCCUUUUCUAAGAAGUUGGUGGGGUUUGGAGGAUGGCAGAAAUAAAAAUCAAGCUUAAACUAUCA